AUGCCACCCAAGUCUCAUAGCACCAGCCCCUCACUGAUCCUCUGCAGGUGUGGGGGCUUUGGGCAAAGUGGGGUUAAGUGUCUUGCCCAAGGACACAACGACAGCAGUCAUCAGUGGGAGUCGGUGGAGAAGUGUCAGCUAUCGCAGGCUCUGAACGGAGUUUCAGACAAAGCCAAAGACGCAAAAGAGUUCCUCGUUCAACUCAAAAACCUGCUGCAACAAAUACAGGAGAGUGGAGUGGAGUUCGAGGCGUGUGUCGUGGCUCAGUGUGAUUCUCUGAUUGAGGCGCUGACACGACAAAAGGCCAAACUGCUCACGAAGGUCACGAAGGAGAAGGAGAACAAGCAGAAGGUGGUAAGAGACCAGAUCACCCACUGCACCAUGAGGCUGAGGCAGACCACUGGGAUGAUGGAGUACUGUCUGGAGGUGCUCAAAGAGAAUGACCCCACUGGAUUCCUACAGAUCUCCGAUGCGUUGAUCAAGCGUGUGUCGUCGUCCCAGGACCAGUGGGUCAAAGGGGCCCUGGAGCCUAAAGUGGCCCCUGAGUUUGACCUCAACCUGAACACAGACGCCCUCCUGCAGAGCAUCCUGCAGCUGGACUUCUGCCAGAGCAAAGCCGGCGUGGCGUUUGUGGAUGUGCAAGACGGGGCCUUAUUCAAACAGUUGCAAGCAGCAGACAGUGGUGAGACAGAGCAGAUGGACCAAACAGAGAGUCCUGAAGUGGAGACCGGGCCCUCGGUACCGGCGGCCCCUCUGCUGCAGCUGGAGAAGUGUUGCACCAGGAACAACAGCGCCACACUGGCCUGGAGGGUCGCUGCAGCCGUCGGGAAUCCCAUCGAGGGUUACAUCCUGGAGCUGGAUGAUGGAAGUGGAGGACAGUACAGGGAGGUGUAUGUGGGGAAGGAGACGGUGUGCACGGUGGACGGGCUGCACUUCAACAGCUCGUACAACGCCAGAGUCAAAGCCUACAACGCCAUCGGAGUGGGAGCCUACAGCAAGACCGUGGUGCUCAAGACCUCAGAUGUUGCCUGGUUCACGUUUGAUCCCACCUCCGCUCACCGCGACAUUGUUCUGACCAACGAGAACCAGACAGUGUCCUGCAGUAGCUAUGACGACCGUGUAGUGCUGGGGACCGCGGCGUUCUCCAAGGGCGUGCACUACUGGGAAGUGACAAUCGAUCGCUAUGACAACCACCCGGACCCGGCGUUCGGAGUGGCCCGCAUCAACGCCACCAAAGACAUGAUGUUGGGGAAGGACGAUAAGGCCUGGGCCAUGUAUGUGGACAACAACCGCUCCUGGUUCAUGCACAACAACUCCCACACCAACAGGGCGGAGGGAGGCAUCAGUAAAGGCGCCACUGUGGGAGUGCUCCUGGAUCUGGUCAAACGCACACUGACCUUUUAUAUCAACAAAGAACAGCACGGCCCCACUGCCUUCGAGAACCUGGAGGGAGUGUUCGUACCUGCGGUCAGCCUCAACAGAAACGUGCAGGUCAGGGACUAA